UCCGCCAGCUUCCCGUCCAGCCUCUCAGCUCAUCUCCGCCCAGCUGAUUCAUUCUUCUUCUUUUUCUCAUCACGAGAAAGUUUCUCUCCUUUUAGUCGUCCUUUGUAGAGCUGAACACACAAGCAUGCCUAAUCUAAAAUCGUGUUUCGAUAGUGGCCUGAAAUUUAUAGACUUCCUGGGAGAGGGGACGUCAGAAACCGACAAAGAUAAACUUAAAGAGGUCUACGACAAAAAAUUCAGAUACAGAAAUGGAAUAAAAGAGCCGUCGUUUUCAAAUGUUAUAUUUGCAUUGACAACUUUCGGCAGAGCCUAUAGGAAGGGGAAGAAAAUAUAUCUGAAUACAAAGGUGCAUAUCUGCAGUGGUGACCAAUGGUCGAAACCUCUUCAGAAGAACAAGUCCGCUGCUCAGCCUGUACCAAAUGGGGGAUCUUCUGAUUCUUUUCCAGGCAUGGCUUCCCCAGCCAGUGCUGUGCCCUCUGCUGGCACUACCACUAGCACCUCUAGUGCCUCAAUGUCUGCAUUGGAGCCAAGUUCAAAGGCUGUGAAGAAGCGGGUGAAGGCAGUGAUCAGAGGCUUGCGGGACAACAGGAAGUACUUCAUCGCAAACAAGGAGGGAAUUGUGAUCACCUCAGACCAUGAAAUUAACAACGGCAAGAUCAAGAUCACCACCCAAUCCAUCCAAAUGACAUAUGUGGUGAAGUUCUUCAUUCAAAGCAACGCCACCGAUCCUGUGCACUUUACCUUGUACACGUUCCUGUGCAGGAUGUGCUGCUUUUCACUGGAGGACGAGAAGAAGGUGACACCGGCAUCUCCUUAUCUCCUCAACCAAGGUGACCGCUAUGAAGUUGAGGUUCACUUUAGACCCCCUUCCUUUGGUUCCUUCCCAGCCACCCUUGCCUUCGAGUUCAGGCAGUGUCCUCGUGCGAACACCAAGCCCAUAUAUGUGGUGCGUGACAUAGAGGCCAUGGUCCGGUCUCCCCUGGGGCAAAUGCUAGGGCCAGAAGCUCCCUACAAACCCUAUCAGGCCCCUGUACCCCGGGCAGUGCACACAAUAGUGGAGGAAGGAGAGCCUCCUGAAAGUUGUGCUGCACAGCAAAUGAAGGUGGCAGUGAAACUUGGUCCUUACAAAUACCCAGCAUACCUGAAGGAACUGGCCACAGGAAGGUUGGAUGACACCAAGAUUUUAUCACCAACUGCGAAACAAAAUCUUCAUUUGGUCAAGGCGCUUCUUGAGAGCCCACUGACCAUGGAGAACUACACUAGGCACUUCCAACUCCUGCUUCACUUGGAGGAGCUCCAGAUGGAAGUCAACAUCAAGAAAUACAACUUGCAGAACCAGCCCAUGACCCAGGACAGAACAAACAAGCGACUCCUUGUUCUGCAGGUCAAAGGGGUUGCAGAGAACAGACCAUCAGUUUUAAGGGGAGACCACCUUCUGGUGUCCAAGGCUGGGGACAAGAGCGAGCCCAUCACUUUAUACAAGGGCUAUGUGCACAAAGUGGAGAUGGAGCAAGUCAAGCUUGGCUUCUCGAAGAAGCUGUGGCAAGGAUUCAAAGGCAACAUCAAGUUUGAUGUGGAGUUCACCCUCAACCGCUUUCCCCUGCGCCAGCAGCACAGGGCGGUGAACCUGGCUGGCCAGCACAAACUGGGUUUGGUGCUCUUCCCCAGUGGGCUUGGAAACAUGGAGAAUCAGGAAGAGGCAAACCUACCCAAGCUCAGCCUUUAUGAUAAGGACCUCGCGAAAAACAGAGAGCAGUACGCAGCGGUCCAGUGCAUCGUAUCUGGAGCGUCUAGGCCAGCUCCCUAUGUGGUGUUCGGACCCCCUGGGACUGGAAAAACUGUCACCAUAGUGGAAGCCAUCAAACAGGUGUGGAAGCUGAACCCUCAGGCCUGUGUCCUGGCCUGUGCCCCCUCCAACAGUGCCUCGGACCACCUGUGUGAGUGUGUGCAGAAGCACAUUGACUCCAAAAGCAUGUUCCGGCUCUACGCCCCAAGCCGGGACCCUCAGUCUGUGCAGACGGCACUGCUGGAUUGCAGUAACUAUGAUGCGGGGCUGGACUGUUUCGUGCUCCCCUCGACGGAGACCCUAAUGGAAUACAAGGUCAUCGUCUCCACAGUGGUGACUGCUGGGAGGCUGGUGUCUGGCGGGAUCCCCACUGGCCACUUCACACACAUAUUUGUGGACGAAGCAGGACAUGCCAUGGAACCGGAGUGCCUUAUUGCCAUUGCAGGUCUGCUUCAGCCUGGCACUGGGCAGCUGGUGUUGGCGGGAGACCCCAAACAGCUGGGCCCCGUCCUGCAGUCUCCUUUGGCCAUGCAGCACGGGCUGGGACUUUCCUUACUGGAGAGGCUGAUGCAGUACAAUCCUCUGUACCAGAAGGCGGAGCAAAGCGGAAAGUUCGACAGCCGCUUCGUCACCAAGCUGCUCCAGAAUUACAGGUCCCACCCGGACAUCCUCCACAUCCCCAACGAGCUUUUCUACGAUUCUGAGCUGCAGGUGUUCGCUGACAGGAAACUCCGAGAGUCGUGCUGUCAGUGGGAGCACCUGCCCCAGCAGGGCUUCCCGGUGAUAUUCCACGGCGUGAUGGGGAAGGAUGAGCGUGAGGCUAACAGCCCCUCGUUCUUCAACACGGCGGAGGUCCAUGAGCUCAUAGAGUACUUGAAGAAGCUGCUCCCACCAGCGGGUGAGAGAGGCUCCGGCAUCCUGUCUCCGAGUGAGAUUGGCAUCAUCUCACCAUACAGAAAACAGGUUGAAAAAAUCCGGAAAGCCAUCAAAUUUGUUAAGGAGCUGAACCAGCUGAAGAACAUUCAGCAUCUGACGGUGGGAUCAGUGGAGGAGUUCCAGGGCCAGGAGCGCAAAGUCAUUAUGGUCUCUACUGUGCGCAGCAGCGCCACCUACGUCAAGAUGGACCAGGACUUCAACCUGGGCUUCCUUACCAACAAGAAGAGGUUCAAUGUGGCCAUGACCAGAGCCAAGGCCCUGCUGAUUGUGGUAGGAAACCCUGUCAUUCUCUGCAAGGACCCAACCUGGAAGCGGUUCAUUCAUUACUGCAAGGAGAGAAGGGGCUGCACCGGGUUUGACUUGGCCGAGGUGGAGGAGGAGGAUGAUGUGCUGAUGCGACUGGCCACUCUCAGCAUGCAGCCUGAGCCGGAAGUGGCUGAAUCCAGAAUGGAGGAACCACCUUCUGUGCCCUGAACAGACAAGCAAGCUGGUCUCCGGUCUGAUGAGCCAUCGUGCGAGAGGAUGACCAUAGCAACAUCCUGGGUUUUUCCACUGUGCUAAGAUGCACUGAAACGAUUCUCUAAUAGACAAGAGCUGCCAGCUAAUCCAGUUUAGACCUCUUAAUUGUUGCAUCAGAUACAUCUAAACAAACACAGAAUUUAAUUUUUGUGCAAGUGCCUUUACCUGUAUUUGGUAAAAAUUUUAUAAUGUACUUUUUGGGGGAUGAAUACAAAGAAAAGAAUUAAGUAAUAACUUCACAAAUUAUGCCUUAAUUUUUAAUAGUGCUGUUUAUGAAAACCAUUUAGCGUGGAUGCAGUGCUCUGCUUCCCUACUUGAACGGGGAAUCCAGCUUUGAGUGGUUGUCAGGUUGUUUCAGUCACUACAUUUUUAGCACCUACCUGUUUUUUUUUUACUUGCCGUUUAAUAAUUUGUGUCAAGAAUUAUAAGCCUCCUAACACUGACAGCUGCAAAAUUUGAAUUAAACUUUGUAGGUUGUUAAAAUUCUGCCAUACUUGGUAAGUUUCAUUUUCAUAUGCAUGUCAGGCUAAAAUCAACUGACAGUCAUAAAGCACUUAUUUCUGUACCCUGUUUGGAUUUAUGCCUUUGGAGAAUGUAAGUAUGUUUAUCAUAAUGCUCCAGUUUCACUUCAGAGGUAUGUUGUUAGAAACUUUUUUUACUUGACGAAAUAAUAAAGUUGUUAAAAUUAAGCUGGUCA